CUCUGCUUCCGAAGUUGAAGCCUGGCAGCUGUAAGCAUGCAGUACGAGGCGUCACAAAUAUGCAGAAACAAGGAGGAGGAGCUAGCUGCCAUGACUUUGAAGUUUGAGACCGGGGGGGGGAAGCUGGCGGCUAUGUCAGAGCUGUGUCAGGCCAAGGAAGACAAACUGAAUGGCAUGACCAAGCUGUACGAGGCUACAAGGGACAAUCUGGCAGCCGAGAAGCAACUUGGACAGGAGAGAGUGGAAUGCCUCCUGGAGACUGCGUCACAAAUAUGCAGGUACAAGGAGGAGGAGCUGGCUGCCAUGACUUCAAAACAUGAGAAAAGCAAAGAGAAGCUGGCGGCCAUGUCAGAGCUGUGUCAGACCAAGGAAGACAAACUGAAUGGCAUGACCAAGCUGUACGAGGCUACAAGGGACAACCUGGCAUCUGAGAAGCAGCUUGGACAGGAGAGAGUGGAAAGUGUGUCACAAAUAUGCAGGGAGAAGGAGGAGGAGCUGGCUGCCAUGACUUUGAAGUUUGAGACCGGGGAGGGGAAGCUGGCGGCCAUGUCAGAGCUGUGUCAGGCCAAGGAAGACAAACUGAAUGGCAUGACCAAGCUGUACGAGGCUACAAGGGACAACCUGGCAUCCGAGAGGCAACUUGGACAGGAGAGAGUGGAAAGCCUCCUGGAGACUGCGUCACAAAUAUGCAGGUACAAGGAGGAGGAGCUGGCUGCCAUGACUUCAAAACAUGAGAAAAGCAAAGAGAAGCUGGCAGCCAUGUCAGAGCUGUGUCAGGCCAAGGAAGACAAACUGAAUGGCAUGACCAAGCUGUACGAGGCUACAAGGGACAACCUGGCAUCCGAGAGGCAACUUGGACAGGAGAGAGUGGAAAGCCUCCUGGAGACUGCGUCACAAAUAUGCAGGUACAAGGAGGAGGAGCUGGCUGCCAUGACUUCAAAACAUGAGAAAAGCAAAGAGAAGCUGGCGGCCAUGUCAGAGCUGUGUCAGACCAAGGAAGACAAACUGAAUGGCAUGACCAAGCUGUACGAGGCUACAAGGGACAACCUGGCAUCUGAGAAGCAGCUUGGACAGGAGAGAGUGGAAAGUCUGUCACAAAUAUGCAGGGAGAAGGAGGAGGAGCUGGCUGCCAUGACUUUGAAGUUUGAGACCGGGGAGGGGAAGCUGGCGGCUAUGUCAGAGCUGUGUCAGGCCAAGGAAGACAAACUGAAUGGCAUGACCAAGCUGUACGAGGCUACAAGGGACAACCUGGCAUCCGAGAGGCAACUUGGACAGGAGAGAGUGGAAAGCCUCCUGGAGACUGCGUCACAAAUAUGCAGGGACAAGGAGGAGGAGCUAGCUGCCAUGACUUCAAAACAUGAGAAAAGCGAAGAGAAGCUGGCGGCCAUGUCAGAGCUGUGUCAGACCAAGGAAGACAAACUGAAUGGCAUGACCAAGCUGUACGAGGCUACAAGGGACAACCUGGCAUCUGAGAAGCAGCUUGGACAGGAGAGAGUGGAAAGUGUGUCACAAAUAUGCAGGGACAAGGAGGAGGAGCUGGCUGCCAUGACGUUGAAGUUUGAGACCGGGGAGGGGAAGCUGGCGGCCAUGUCAGAGCUGUGUCAGACCAAGGAAGACAAACUGAAUGGCAUGACCAAGCUGUACGAGGCUACAAGGGACAACCUGGCAUCUGAGAAGCAGCUUGGACAGGAGAGAGUGGAAAGUCUGUCACAAAUAUGCAGGGAGAAGGAGGAGGAGCUGGCUGCCAUGACUUUGAAGUUUGAGACCGGGGAGGGGAAGCUGGCGGCUAUGUCAGAGCUGUGUCAGGCCAAGGAAGACAAACUGAAUGGCAUGACCAAGCUGUACGAGGCUACAAGGGACAACCUGGCAUCCGAGAAGCAACUUGGACAGGAGAGAGUGGAAAGCCUCCUGGAGACUGCGUCACAAAUAUGCAGGUAUAAGGAGGAGGAGCUGGCUGCCAUGACUUCAAAACAUGAGAAAAGCAAAGAGAAGCUGGCAGCCAUGUCAGAGCUGUGUCAGGCCAAGGAAGACAAACUGAAUGGCAUGACCAAGCUGUACGAGGCUACAAGGGACAACCUGGCAUCCGAGAGGCAACUUGGACAGGAGAGAGUGGAAAGCCUCCUGGAGACUGCGUCACAAAUAUGCAGGGACAAGGAGGAGGAGCUAGCUGCCAUGACUUCAAAACAUGAGAAAAGCGAAGAGAAGCUGGCGGCCAUGUCAGAGCUGUGUCAGACCACGGAGAUGACACUGACAGACUUGACCUGCCAGUACGAGGCUACAAGGGACAACCUGGCAGCUGAGAAGCAACUUGGACAGGAGAGAGUGGAAAGCCUCCUGGAGACUGCGUCACAAAUAUGCAGGGACAAGGAGGAGGAGCUGGCUGCCAUGACUUCAAAACAUGAGAAAAGCGAAGAGAAGCUGGCGGCCAUGUCAGAGCUGUGUCAGGCCAAGGAAGACAAACUGAAUGGCAUGACCAAGCUGUAUGAGGCUGCAACAGACAAUCUGGCAGCUGAGAAGCAGCUUGGACUUGUGCGUGAUACAAGCGAAGAGAACCUGCAAGCCAUGUUAGACCUGUUCCAGACCAUGCAGAAGAAACUGACAGAUUUUACCUCCCUGUAUGAGGCUAAAAAGGAAAAACUGGAGGCCCCGGCAUGGCUUGCUCAGCAGAAUAUGAUCAGUCUGGAGGCCGUGAUGCAGCUCUUUCAGGACAAGGAGCAGGAGCUGGCUGCCAUGACUUUGAAGCAAGAGACAAGCAAAGAGAAGCUGCCGGCCAUGUCAGAGCUGUUCUAGACCAAGGAAGAAACACUGACUGGUAUGAAUAAGCUGUACGAGGCUACAACGGACAAUCUGGCAGCCGAGAAGCAGCUUGGACUUGUGCAUGACACAAGCAAAGAGAAGCUGCUGGCCAUGUCAGACCUGUGGCAGAACAUGACAAACUUGACCAACCUGUACGAGGCUACAAGGGACAAACUGGCAGCCGAGAAGCAAAUUCGACAGGAGAGAGGAGGAAGCCGGGAGACUGUGACGCAGUUCUGCGAUCUGCUGGCUACUGUGCAUGGGACAAGUGAAGAGGGGAAAUUCUUCAACUAAGGUGGUGGCGGGGGGUUCGGGGGGGCCUGCCCAUACGGCACUGGCCAGCCCAGACUCAACCACCCCAGAGGUAUCAACGCACCGGGGACAGCGGGGUCCACACACACACAUACGCACACACUCACACACACACAUACACACACUCUCACACAUGCACAUAAAAACAAUCUAAGGGUGGCACACGGCCACAGGUGCCGGACCAUCUUCGCGUCCCAUAUUAAAAAGAGUAGGACACGAGACACCCUCACGCUUGCUUUCACGAAUAGAGAAAGUGAAGACAAUUAUGGAGCCAGAAACCAGAGAUUACUUCUUCAAAGCCCAGGUGAACAAUAACUAUCAGCACAGUGCAAUCCAUCACAUCUGCCCAGUGUUACUUAGGGCAGUUUACCAUUGGCCAUUUCUUACAUAGCUUUCAGAGAUUAUUAAUGCAUGCAUUUCACCCAUUCAUUUAUGCUUAACUGUUACCGCCAGUGAACCAUUGGCUGUCUCUCCUUUCAGAGCACACUAACCGUCUGCAAAAUGCAGGAUCUUCAUUCCUCUUGUUGUCUCCAGGCCGUGGUCCAAGAGCUGCAGAUGGCCCUGAAAGAUCAGCCAAUGGCAGCAGGCAGCCUGCGGAAGACGUGAGUAUAGAAGCCAAUCAGGUCUACCUACAGUGGUUGUGGUUUAAUGCUGUGCUUGUGUCUUAUUUCCAGGUUCGCUGAGGCUGUUUUUCAAAAGGUUGCCGUCAAGAGACCUCCAGCCUUCACAUCAAGUUCUGGUUUCUCCACAAAGCAGGAGGCCCUCCAUGGGAAAAGAAAGGAUCGGGAGCUGAAGCUGAUGGAGUCCCAGAAGCAGGGCGGCCAUCAGCAGCUGACUAUACCUCAGCAAAACAGAGAGCACAGGAGGGAAGAAAGACCCCGAUGGGUGAAGGCAUUUGGGAAUUACCGCCCCAACCAAUGGAUUACUGAUGGACAGGGGAACAACUAUCGCUGCAGCCAGGCGCAGAUGGCCAGUAGGAGACUGUGGAAGAAUGCGGCAUAGAGCAGUUCAGGCAACGAGAGUUGGGGCACCACUUCCGGUUGUUCAGGAGGCUCCAUUGCUUCCUCCUGAUGCUGUUCCUCCAGGGGAAGAGCUGGCUCACGUACAGGACCCCGGACCGGGACCCACACUUCCUCAUCUGGGGGCUCCCUCCGGGCGUCGCUCACCGGACAGGCACACAGCUGGGUCCACUCCUCCAGACCUCCUUCGGGCCGGAACACAUACAGCGGCCGCUCUGGCUGCAGCUGGCGGACAACAACAAACUGACGGGGAGACCACCUCAGGGCCAGCUUACCUCGCUCCCGGCGCCUGAAGUUCCACACAAGCACCCGGUCCCCCAGCA